AUGCGCGCUGCCGGGGCUUUCCAGCGUGCGGGGCCAUGGCGGCGAACGCGCGGAGCUGAGCGAGGCGGAGCUAGGGCAGCUCCGCGCUGCUUACCUUCGCCGCCGCCAGCUGCGUCGUGUUCAUCGUGGUGGGCGUGCCCGGCAACCUCGUCACCAUCGUCGCGCUGCUGCGCUCGCGCAAGAGGGCGUCGAAGCGACGAGUUGCCUCUUGUGGCUUUGACCUUUCUGGGCACGUCAACAGUUCGUCGUGAAAGUUUUAUUAUGAGAGGCGGCCCCGAUGGAUUUGGCGGCUGGUGUGGACCUACGCCAAGGUCUCUCCCACCAGCCGGGACAAGCUUUAAUCUACCCACCGGUCUCCCCGCAUGUGUGUUAGUGAAAUGCAUGCGAGUGAAAAGGAAGAGGAAGGAAAGAUCGCGCGCGACGUCUUCUGGAGGCAGCGAGGGAAUUCUUCCCAGCUAUGACGUCAGUAACCUCUCGAUGUCAGUCACACGCCAGGGGCAGGCCCCAAAAUAA